CAUCCGCCCGCCUGGUUCGACUCGGCCUGUCUUUAGUCUAGCUCAAGAUGUCUGACCUUGACGCUGAUCUGUACGGUGAUCUUUACGCAAAUGACGAGAACGAGUUUGCAGUUCCUUUACAAGACCCCAACUCCCAUGGCAAGGCAGAAGCCCACGAGCCUCCAAAGGAAGAAAAAAACCCUCCUGUCAAGCAAGAAGUAACGCAAUCUCCAAAGCCGGCAAUUGCGCCGCCUCGCGAAGAUGUCAAGCCACAAGUGUCAUCGUCCGACGAUUCCGGAACCAGCGCUAUUCCCUCUUACACCUCACCUACACAGCAGAUACCUACCUAUCAAGAACGACAACUGGAUUAUAGCGAGCCCGCACCGCCAAGGCACGAUAGCUACCAGGGUGCCCCCGGAGUCGACCGGCCCGUACGGCCUUCGGAAAUGAAAGAGGAGGGGUGAGUGUCUGGUCCGCUAUGCGACUAACAUUGAUAGCUCUCGACUCUCUACUGGCGCUCGCUGUGUGGCUUGUCUGGGUUGGAAGUCGCCUCGGGACCGGUGAUAGAUACGAGACGAUAGCAAUGCCCUUGCGGUAGCAACGUCGCCCUCACCUAGCUAGCACUAGCAUGCACUAGCACGUCGGCUUUUCUAGGUCUAGGCUAGCACUGUCGCACACAGUAGAGUCGUCCACUUUCUCCUCCUUGUCAUGACUGCUUUUUGUUCUAGGUAUCGGAUGCUAAUGACAGCG